AACUCGAGCUAAACAAUCCUUCAUUCUCCUCUUCUCUCUAUCCACUUAGCCAAAAUCAAAGCAUUAGAAAACCAUGAAGGUCAAAGUAGAAAGUUCAAAAAUCAUUAAGCCUUUUUAUGAAGACAUUCCUCCUUCUACUAGAAGCUCAAUUCCCCUUACCGUCUUUGACAAGGUCACUUACGAAGCCCAUAUUGCUGUCAUCUACGCCUAUCGCCCUCCCACCGCACCAAAUGCCGCCAUUCAAUUGGGGCUUCAGAAGGCACUAGCAAUUUAUAGGGAAUGGGCAGGAAGAUUAGGAAAAGACGAACAUGGAAACCAGGUAAUUCUGCUCAAUGAUGAGGGUGUUCGAUUCGUCGAGGCAUCAUCAGAUAGCACCCUUGAUAAAAUAAUGCCCUUUAAGCCUUCAGCUUCUUUGCUUAACCUACAUCCUAGCUUGAAUAAUGUAGUGGAAUUGGUGCAAGUUCAAGUCACGAGAUUCACAUGUGGCUCCUUGGUGGUUGGUUUCACCGCCCACCAUACUGUGGCGGAUGGCCAUUCCACCAGCAACUUUUUAGUUGCAUGGGGUCAAGCUUGUCGAGGGCUUGACAUUAAUAUACUACCUUUGCAUGAUCGUACUAUUUUUAACCCUCGAAACCCUCCUCUCAUCGAGUAUGAGCAUAAGGGGGCAGAGUUUAUGUCAAAGUUUGUCAAAAAGGAGAAUUCGCUCAAUGAAACUCAUCAUGUAACUGAAGAUGUAGUGGUGCACAAAGUCCAUUUCACAGUAGAGUUUCUAGCCAAGCUCAAGGCGAAGGCGUCUUCCAUGAAUGGCAACAAUAAACCCUAUAGCACCUUUGAGAGCCUCGUUGCACAUUUAUGGAGGGCCAUCACUAAAGCUCGUGGCCUAAGUGGCUUUGAGACUACCCAUAUAAGAAUUUCAGUCAAUGGUCGACCAAGACUGAACCCUAGAGUACCCAAUGAGUAUUUUGGAAACUUAGUCCUUUGGGCAUUUCCAACCGCAAAAGUGAAGGACCUUUUGAGAGAGCCUCUUCCUUAUGCAGCGAAGCUCAUUCAUGACACAGUUAUAAAAGUAAACAAUAACUAUUUUAGAUCAUUCAUCGACUUUGCUAAUCACAACGUGAAGGAAGAAGAUCUCAUCCCGACUGCAGACAUGAGCAAGCACAUAUUAUGCCCUAAUCUCGAAGUUGACAGCUGGUUAAGGUUUCCAUUCUACGACCUUGAUUUUGGAACCGGUUGUCCUUACAUGUUCAUGCCUUCUUAUUUCCCAACAGAAGGCAUGAUGUUUCUUCUCCCAUCCUUCAUUGGAGAUGGAAGCAUUGAUGUUUUCAUUCCUCUAUUUCAAGACAACUUGCCCACCUUCAAGAAAAUUUGCUAUUCUUUGGACUUGCUUGAGAAUUACUCCUAGAAGACUUCGACGAUCCACAAUUAUGUGAUAUAUGAUAGUCAUAUUUAGCCUUCUCCUUUUAUUUUUACUAUGUUGUAAAGUUUUAAUGUAUGACUUCAUCCUCAUAGCUAAGCGCAAGGGAAGGUGGAAAUAUAUAUGUUGUUGAAUGAUAGAAGAGAUCGUUAAUUUUC